AUGGACAUUGAUCGCUCGCUGAUCAGCAUGAGCAGGAGCUUCGCGGUGGACGAGCGCGUGCUGAAAGCCGUCGCUCUGACCAGUGCACUGUCAGUUGAGGACUUUGAGGCUGUGUGCAGCUUAGCAGCGCAGCUAUUCCACCCGGACAAGCAGAGCAAGCGGAUGGACAAGCGCACGGCAUCGAAGGCUGGAUGGGAUAGCGAGCAGAUGGAGCAUGCGGUGCUCGCCGUCGCCAAGAUAUUCAUGGACGCUACAAAGGCCAGAAUGUCCGAGCAUGCGUUCCGCUUGGUCAUGAAAGAGAUGUCGUUACCGGAGCAGCAUGUCGACGUGCUCGUGCAGUUAUUUGAUGCACACAAGAGCGACAUUCGAGGAUGCAUUUCCAAUGAUACGGGCACGAGCGUUCCGCAGUAUCGGAACUUGGAGUGGCGCAUCGAUCUGGAGCUCGGUAUACGCUUCUGCCGCAACAAUCCAAAGCCUGUUGUCACUCUUCGGCUGGAUACUGCCACCCAAGCUAGCAGCUCUGCCGAACCGCAGCUUCAGACUACUUGUCUUCGCGUCGACUACGACGGACUCAAACGAAUGCAGCAUCAGCUGGAGACAGCACUGAAAGAGGUUGAAUCUGUGCACUGCAGUCGUGUCCGGCGCUACAUAUAA